UUGAAGGGGGUGGGGGUGGGGUGGGAGUUGGAGAAGUUGAGAGAAGCCUAAACAAAUACCUAAAGCUAAGAGAGAGCUAAUUCUUGAUUUUCACUUCAUACCCCCCCUCCAAAACACUCAUGUAGAGAAAAAAAGAAUUGCUUUUUUCUCUUUGAAGUUUCAAUCUUUCUUGAUAUUUCUGUCACUCUGUCUAACCAAUCUUGCAUUUUGCUUAAAGUAGAGUGUUCAAGUUGAUAUUUUUAUUUGUGGGUAAGAGGAAAGAAGAUGCCUAGACCAGGACCCAGACCUUAUGAGUGUGUUAGAAGAGCUUGGCAUAGUGAUAGGCACCAACCCAUGAGAGGUUCUAUCACACAACAAAUUUUCAGGGUUGUAAUAGAAAGGCAUAGUGUUGUUACAAAAAAGAACAGAGAAUGGCAACAGAAGCUUCCUGUUGUUGUCUUGAAAGCUGAGGAAAUUAUGUACUCCAAAGCUAAUUCUGAGGCUGAAUAUAUGGAUCCUGAAACACUUUGGGAUAGGGUAAAUGAUGCCAUUGAUACCAUCAUUAGGAGAGAUGAGACAACAGAGAUUGGACAACUCUUGCCUCCUUGUGUUGAAGCUGCUCUUAAUCUGGGAUGUAUACCGGAGAGAGCGUCUAGGAGCCAGCGGAACAGCAAUCCAAGGAGUUACCUCAGCCCAAGAACUCAGGAACCUCAUUGUGUACCUCCUAAAGUUUUUAGUAGAAGUGCCAAUGAGCUGAACUCUAACUCAUCGUUACCUAUUCGCUCUACAAACCAACCACUGUUCUUGAGACCUACAAAUGUCAAUACAUCCAGAUUAGCUUCAGAAUUUGACAGGCCUGUAAUGCCUAGGAUCAACAAUCUAGGUGCUUCCCCAAGUGCAAAAGCCAUUGUUAUUCCGGAAAGUAGUAGUUCAUUGGAUGUGGGUUCAGUAUAUCCCCUGUUCUAUGGUACUGAUCUUCAGCCUGAAGUUUCUCCGCUGGUCCUCCGAGAACCUCAGCAUAAUGUAAUUGUUGGUAAACCUAUAUAUCCAUCCAUUGUUGAGCCUGCUAAAAUCAGCUGCUUCCCAAGCUUGUUUCCUAGCAGGAGAGAUGAUGUUCAAGAAAAAUCUUGUCAAGCAGAUUUUAGGGACAAGACAAGAAGGAUGCCUGAAUUGGAUUGUGAUUUGUCCUUAAGGUUAGGACUCUCUGCAAACUCUGGCUUGCAGUUGCAACAGGGUCAAAUUAGUUGCAUUGGUGAUUUUAGGCCAAGUGGCAAUUCGAAUGAAGGGGACCAGUUCAAGCUUUUGUCAACCAGUAAAGGGAAAGAGUUUACUUUCUUUCCUGCAGAGUCUGCCAAUAGUCCAUCAGGGUUGCCAUCACGGUUGCACAGAGCUCAUGGAAAUUUGGAGGGUUAUGGUCUCAAUACGGAAACACUAUUUAUGAAGCAUAAGAUGCCCGUUAGGCCAAGUGAUGGUUUUCAGGAAAGAUAUGGCUUCGAGGCUGUGUCUACCAGCAAAGACAAGGAGUACCCUUUCUUUUUUGCGGAGUCUGCCAACAGUCACUCCGGGUUGCAAGCAGGUCGGGCGAAUUUAGAGGGUGAAGACCAGACUGCAGCAACACUACUUAGGAAACGUAAGAUGCCAAUCCAUAACAAUAUGGAACUUGGACAAUUUUUGUGGCAAGAUGAGCGAACUUUGAACCGUUUUCCUGGUCAAAUGAAAAGGCCAGGUUUGUAGUUUGUAGACAGGUCCAUUUUGUUGUAUGAUAAAAUUUUGAGAAAAGAGAAGUUUAGGAUGCCUCCUUUGCAUUUUAUCUUCCACUUAUUGCUUAAAUAUGAUCCUUUUCAUUGUUGAAAUAGCACAUAAAAAUGUGUAAAAGAGGAAUUUAAAACUAACAAAAAGUCCAGCAAUUAGCUGGGAUGAAUGGGUUUCAUUAUACAAUAUUCUCAAAUGUGGUAUAUUGGUACACUAACUGCCCUAUAAGCUUCAAGCAUUUGCUCAGUUGGUUGAGUAUGUAAAUGAAGUUAGGUGAUAUAAUGAAACAGUAUAUGCUAGGACCUUGGAUUGGCUGGUCUAUGGUUAGGCAUAAACACUGAGGGUUUGUUUAUCCACCAUUAUAUUGACUUGGCCAUCAUGCUUUGAACUUAUUUGCCACUGUUACUGUCGUGCAAAUUUUACUAAUUUAUUCUCUUUAUGUCAAAAUUUCUUUUUUACGAAAGUAUCAUAGUGAGUGAAGCGGAAUGGGCUUGGAUCCGAAAUUGUCAAAACAGUAGGUUGGUGGAUGAUGAUGUGCAUCGGAAACCAUCUUCGUGGGAAAAGAAAAAAGUGCCAAAGUCCCUCCUGCCAUUUCCUUAACAUGAAUGCUCGUUGAAGUAGUUUGCGAACCUGCUGCGUUUUCAUUAAGUCUGCUCAUAUUGAAGCAGCUGUCACAAUUUCCUUUUGAAUUGCUUCUUUGUUCCCUGGAAAUUGCAAGUGUUAACUAACAUGGCAUGUUAAUUAUGACUAUGAGGAGUAGCAUGUUUUAUUCUA